AUGCUGGCGAAUGUCAUAUUCUACUUGCGUGACACCGCCCGAACAUGGUUUGAAACGCAUGAAGAGGAACUAACGUCGUGGGACCUCUGCAAAGCCAAGCUUCAGGACCUCUUCGGACGUCCAACCGGUCGCAAGCUCUCGGCCAAGCGAAAGCUGGCAUCCAGAGUCCAAACAUCGACCGAGUCAUAUGUGACCUACAUCCAAGACGUCCUAUCUCUGUGCAGGAAAGCUAACCCCGAAAUGCCAGAAAUCGAACGGAUGGAACACAUCCUCAAAGGCAUCGCAGAUGAUGCCUUCCAGCUACUUGUCAUUAAGGAUUGCUCGACUGUCGACGACGUCCUGAAAGAGUGCCGCAGGUUCGAAGCUGCAAAGACUCGCAGGAUAGCGCACAAAUUCAACCGUUUGCCAAACACCCCGGCAACAUCAUCUUGUGAAGACCCUGAUACUAACACAGAGCGCAUCACGAAAAUCGUCCGCCGAGAACCGGAGGCGAUGAUGCCCGCUGACGUCCUUAUAACCUGUCCCCACGAGAUCAUCCUCGGCUGGGACUUUCUUUCCUCACAUUCGGCCCUCAUCGACUGUGCCAAAGGCGAGAUUGAGCUCGAUACCAGCAACUUGCAUUACCACACUGCGUCGCAACUAUCCAAAGUGGUGCCACAGAUUUAUGGGUAG